AUGCGUCUUGUAGUGUUUGUCAUCUUUCUGACAGUGGAAUGUUGGUGUGAUGUGCGAGUGUCGGUAGAUCGAGUAUCAGGAGAAUACAAUAUAAGCGUUGCCAAUCGUAUUUGGCUUCGCUCAUCUCACACAGCUUUGUAUGCCGGCGAACGAUGGUAUUCAUCUGAAGAUGGUUCUCUUCCCCUCAUCGAUACACGUCUCGAUCAAGGCAACGAUGAGAACUUAGGUGAAUGGAAUGAGACUCAAUUGAUCUAUCGUCUUAUCUUCAGUGGAACAGAGACCAAUGUAACUGGUCGAGUGCGUCAAUGGAGUUCAGUUGCAGCAAUUACUUUUCAUUUGGACAUCGGUAAUGAACCUCUGACGAGCAGUGAUUCUCUCAGUAUGGACGAAGUUCGAACAGUAUUUCCUUCGUUCAGUAUUGAACAGAUAGAUAUGAAUGAUCAUCGAGGCUAUUUCACAUAUGCAGGUGAGAUUGAUUUUCGUUAA